CGCCACGCAAAUGUGUCAUGGUGUUCAAAUGGUCUCGACCGCUCCAAAAUUACUUUGUUGAGACGACGAACAGUGUAGACCUUUUCUGUUGAAUAGCAAAGUUUGGGAUCUCCGGAUAUUUGAAGACUAAUACCCGUCAGUGCAAAGGUCACUUUUUUGUUUAAAGGAGUUAAGAACACUGCAGAGAUGAUUUCGAUUUGUCUCGAAUUUCUUGGAAUGGGUCUGAGCAUCAUCGGAACGCUGCUGGUGAUGGUGGCAUGUGGCAUCCCUACAUGGAAAGUGUCGGCAUUUAUUGAGGGGAACAUCGUCGUGGCGCAGACCAUCUGGGACGGGCUGUGGAUGUCCUGUGUUGUCCAAAGCACGGGACAGAUGCAGUGCAAGUUGCACGAUUCGGUGCUGGCCCUGUCCCAAGAUCUACAGACCGCGCGCGCCCUCACCGUUAUCUCCGCUGUGACGGGAGUCCUGGGAUUGAUGUUAACCAUUGCUGGCGCGCAGUGCACCAACUGCAUCAAAACAGAAUCCACCAAAGCCAAAGUUGUCAACGCCGGCGGGGUGAUCUACGUGAUCUCCGGUCUUUUUGUUUUAGUGCCCGUGUGCUGGAUGGCCAACAACAUCAUUUCGGAUUUUUAUAACCCUCAAGUUCCCUCCUCGAAUAAGAAGGAGAUUGGGUCCGCGUUGUACAUCGGCUGGGCCGCGUCCGCGCUGCUGUUCAUCGGUGGAGCGAUACUGUGCUGCUCGUGCCUAAAUGAUGGGAAAGCCUCGUAUCCCGUCAAAUACGCACCCACAAAAAGUCUGACACAAAAUGGAGACUAUGAUAAGCGAAAUUACGUGUGAUGACAAGACAUUUUGAUGAACUUUUAUGGCAAGCAAAAUGGCAAAAGUAGCCUCAUAUCGAGGCAUCAUGAAGUAAAAGUAAAUAUAAGACGAGAUAUUGUAAAAGUUGCCAAUGGUCCAGUUUGCGUGAGAUGGCACAAGGUCCUCAGAGGCCGGGAGACGGUUAAGGCCACUAAUUAGACACGGUGUGCAGUUCAACAGUCUCAGUCAAUACUGGCUUUUGCUUUGUUUAUUCAUCUACAGACUGUACAGUGCCUUAGCAAUAAAACAAACUUUAACUGUUUUAAUAAUAUAGACAUCCUCAUUUUACAUUUUAAAUUUGUUAAACGUCCUUCAUACGCGAGUGCACAUUCACUCUAAAUAAAAAGGAUUGUACAAAUUGCAAUUGUAAUCCCUUUCUAAAUAAAGCAUUGUAAGCAUAUCUAUCUAUGGGUGAACUAUGUAUGUAUUUGAAUGAAUUUCUUUUGUAAUAAAACUCUUGUAACUUUUGUAAUAAAACACUUGA